AUGGCGGAUCAAAGAACUGAAACGGCAGAUCAAAGAACUGAAGCACUUAAAACAUUGACGUCCAUGUUCCCUGAUGUUGAUCCUGAAAUAUGCGAGUCUGUCUUAAACGCGAAUAACAGUGAAUUGGAAUCAAGUAUAAAUUCUUUAUUGGGUAUGUCUGACCCAAAUUAUAAAAGUGAAGAGGCUAUUCCGGUUCAAACUGAAUCUGGUUUCGUGACCUCGUCUUCAAGGCAACAAAUAGAGAGUGAUGAAGAGCUAGCAAGGCAUCUUGCUGCUGAAGCUGACAGAGAACUUGAGGAGUUACCAAUAAUCAAAGAAAAGAUAAUUCAAGCUGCUGAUACGACAAAAAAAAAGGUGAAAGAAUGGUAUGAAAAAUUAAAACAACAAACUUCUCCAAGAAAUGAAGAUCAAUUUACAACCCCACAAUAUACAAAUUUACCAAGAGACGAGGCUGAUAAUCCAAUGCUUGGCGAAGAUUUUUCCGAAUCAUUGAAUUCCCACACGAAUAAUCAACAACAAACUGUUAUUAUAAAUUACGGAACAUCUUGGUGUUUUAGAGAAGAUAGAAGGGUUAUGUUUUGCAAUUAUUGUGAUUUAUUUGUUGAGUAG